UAUGUACAAACUGUUGGAUGACAACAGGAUGAAAUGUCAACUGGAAAACUUACUUGUAAUAAGCAUUUAACAUCAAGAUUUAUUAUAAAGAGUGAGAAAAAACAUCAUGACCUAACAAAAAACAAAAGAAGAGGAAGAUAUAUCGCUUUAGAAAUGAGGAGCAAAAAGGCAUGAGUUAGUUGUACAUUAUGGAUACCAGUAUCAGUGGUCAAUCGUCCACCUCUGAAAGGGACGACAUUGAAUGCCAGCUACAAUAUGAAAAUGUUGGAUCUGUUAUGUUCCAAAAUGAAAUGCAUGCUGGGAAUUUUCUGAAGGAAAUGAACUUACUGUAUGAAGAUGAUUUGCUGAAGGAUAUCACUCUUUGUGUUCAAGGUCAAUCAUUGUCUUGUCACAAGGUUGUUUUGGCUGCUGCUAGUCCUUACUUCAAGGCAAUGUUUACAUUAGAUUUAAAUGAAAGUAAACAAUCACAUAUUGAGUUACAUGAAAUUGAUUUUGAAUCUGUUAGUUUUAUUGUUGACUAUUCUUAUACCGGUUCCAUAAAUAUUCACCAGGAUAAUGUACAAAAUCUAUUAGGAGCUGCUUCCCUGUUUCAGAUUUUACCAGUUCAAAAAGCUUGUGCAAAAUUCUUAGAAACACAAGUUGAUAAUUCCAACUGUAUAGGUAUAUUCAAUUUUGCACAUAUUCAUAAUUGUGAUAGUCUACGAUUAAAGGCCAGAGAACACAUUGAGAAGAAUUUUACAGAAGUUUGUCGUGGAGAAGAAUUUUUAUGUCUGUCAUUAGAUAAAGUAGAAGAUUUGAUAUCAAGUGAUGAAUUAAAUGUUGAGCGUGAAGAGAUUGUGUUUGAAGCAGUAAUGACAUGGAUUUCCGAGAAAGAAGAAGACCGACGAUCUUUUAUCGGUGGUUUGUUGCCGCAUAUUAGACUUGGACUUUUAUCUGUCAAAUAUCUGAAAGACAAUGUCAUGAACAAUAAAUAUAUUCAGGAUUCAGAUACUUGUAUUAAUCUUCUAGAAAGUUUGAUUAAGUUAGAAAGUAAUCCUGAACUUUAUUGUGGGAAACACAACUUCAGUCUGGCCUUGAGGUCUGGAAUGAUUAAACCUGAGCACUGCCUUCUAUUUGUGGGAGGGACUGAUCAUGGUCGCAGGAACACUUCUAUUAAUUGUUACAAUCCUUUAACUAGAGAAACAUUUUACAUGGAAGAUUAUCCAACAGCCAAACGCUUAGGAGAUUAUGAAGUAGAAGAUUUAUCGUGUGUUGUUACCGAACAAGGAAUGUUAUACUCUGGGGGAGGUAACUACAUUUAUCAUGACUUCCCUUCAGAACAUUUUGAUUCUGAUGAUUCUUUUGAUGAUUUAGAGGAGAGAAUUGUUAGAAAAGACUUCUAUUGCUAUGACAAUGAUCAUAACAAAUGGCUAUCAAUGGCACCAAUGCUGUUCCCAAAGUCAAACUUUACUUUGGCAAGCUUGGGCAAGAAAAUCUACUGUUUUGGUGGAGUUACAGAGAACCAACAUCCAACAGAAAUUAUUGAAGUUUAUGACAUUGAAAAGAAUCGAUGGAGUUAUCAGGGAAUGUUACCUACAACCCUUGUAGACUUAUGUUCAGUUGUAUACGAUGAGUAUAUAUUUCUGUUAGGUGGAAGAACAGGUGUUGGUGCUCAUAACCUUGUUGUAAUGUAUCACCCAACGAAAGGAAACUGGAUUUCCAGAGCAGGGAUGCCAACUCCACGAUUUAAAUUUGGUGCGUGUUUAGUACAUGGUGAGAUUUACGUAGCAGGAGGUCAGAUUUAUUCACACGCCUCCCAGACAAUAAGCAGAGAAGCUCUGAAAUCAGUAGAAAUAUUUAAUAUAUCGGACAAUCAGUGGCGACAGGGUCCAGAUUUACCAGACGAGAUGUACAAUGUAGGACUAAGCAUGGUAAACGGUGCUCUGUAUUGUAGUGGGACUGUAGAAUAUAGAAGGUUAACCAGAAUAUGUCGCUAUAACAUUGUGUGUAAACUUGACUUUUCUACAAAUCGUUGGACAGUUAUAGAACAAUUGUUGAGUACUUGUCAGAACUUCCAUUGUAUAUCAGCCAGACUCCACACACGGAAACUUUCACAAGUCUUCCGACCUGAUGUUGAUACAUAGCCUAAAAUAUACGUCAUGUACGUUAGGAGGAUUUUUUUAUUUUUAAAAAUGUACAACAAACUGUUCUUAUGAAGUUUUUAUUUAUGCUGUGUCUGUAUAACCAAUGAUAAAAAAUCUAUGCAUUUCUUGCAUUAUAACAUUAUUUUUACCUGUUUACAACAAAUUAAAUUUUAAAUGUUAUCUGAUUGAAUAGACAACAUAUAAAUUAAAGUAACAAAAUUUAAAGCACAAGUCAUAGUUAUAUGAAACUGUUUUAUUUUUCAAAUUUUAUUUGAUAUUGAUCUUAAAAAAGUAGAAUUUGAUUGUAAGAAUUUUUGUUUUUCCUUACUUACAUGUAUAUCAAUGUUACUAGAAUUUUUUCUAUUUCCAAUAGCUUGAAUGUUUACCCAGUUGCUUAUAAUGAAAGAAAUAGUUAAAAUUUUUACUUGAAAAUGUGUUUGUAAUUCUUAAAGACAGAUGAGUUAACUAGUACAACUAGAUACAACAUGUACAAAGUACAUUUGAAUUUGAUCUAGUCAUACUAUUCUUUUAUCAUAUGUAUCAUGUUUAUUGGUGAAACUUAUAAAACAAAACUAUCUUUAAGGUGCCAAAUGUGUAAUAAAUCUUGUGACUGACUUUAUUUGAACAAAAAUAAAAGAAUUAUGAACAUUAUGAAAUGAGGGUAAAUAGAUAU